AUGAGCAGAAUAUUUGCCAUUUCUGAUCUCCAUGUCGAUUACGGCCAAAAUUGGGCUGUUGUCAAUGACUGGUCAGAUACGGACUACAACAACGAUGUGUUAAUACUUGCUGGAGAUGUCACUGAUUCUUUGGAACUAUUAAAAUCCACUCUCAUCCUUCUUCGUCAAAAGUUUGCCCAAGUUUGCUUUGUUCCCGGCAAUCAUGACGUGUGGGUCAGAAAGCACCGAGAUGGCGAUACCAACUCUAUAGCAAAGUUCGGGCAGAUCUUGAAUUUAUGUCAAAGAAUUGGCAUUAAGACAAAGCCAACUUGUGUCUCGUGUAUUGACAACUCCAAAGUCUGGCUAGUGCCGAUCUACUCUUGGUAUACUCAACCAGAAGAAGAUGAAAUAGAUUCUUUAUAUUUUCCCUCCUCAAUUGAAAGUCGACGAAUGUCACGAGAAAUUUGGUCGGAUAAUUAUAACUGCAAAUGGCCUGAUGGUAUGCUAACUACCAUUUCCGAGCACUUUGCGGACUUAAAUGAUGACUUCAUCACCGAUGAUUACGACGCACCUGUAAUCACUUUCAGUCAUUUUUUGCCAAGGCAAGAGUUGAUCGCGUCGUCUCACGAUGACGAUGUUGCCGUUAGUACUGAGAGAGAAUUUCUUGGACUUCCUAAGCUAGAUUACGCAAAGAGGCAAGGUGCUCUAGCAGGUUUUAAUUUCAGCAUUUAUGCUGGCAGUAAAUAUAUUGAUAAGCAAUUGCGUCAAUGCAAAUCUGUACUACAUGUUUUCGGCCACCAGCACCGAAAUCGCGAUCGAGUCAUAGACAAUGUACGAUAUGUAUCUCAUUGCCUUGGUUAUCAUAAAGAAAGGCAGGAUGGAUUACUUUGGGGAUUGCGGCAAUGGCAGAAUGGUCCAAAAAUGAUCUGGCCAGUUCCUACUAAAGAUGAAGCGAAGAAGCGAAAGACUACAGAUGCACAGUUAGGAAAUGCGCUUCCACGAUGUAGCCAAAAAUUCAUGCGUACACCUAGUGAUGGCAAAAAUGCUAAUGAAUAUCAAUCUGUUGGUCGUUCAAUCAUGUGA